UAUAUUUCAGGAACUAAUGAGCAGUAUAUUUUGUCCUUAAAUUGUAUGAAGAAAGGAAAAGAAGCAUAUUUAUAACAAAUUAUUCACGUCACUAUAAAUAAAGUCAAGGUCGUUACAUUUCUGGCCGGCAUCACACAAAAUGAACGCGCCGAACGUUCCGCAUCCUUCAGCCCUUGUGGCUAAGACAAAAAAGACAUUUAUUGGUCUACCAGCGCCCCUUGGAUAUGUAGCAGGUGUAGGAAGAGGAGCGACAGGAUUCACCACUCGGUCUGAUAUUGGUCCAGCUAGGCAGGCAACUGAUGUCUCGGACGAGCGGCACGCGGCUCCCGCCAAGCGCCGGAAGAAAGACGACGAGGAAGACGAGACAGAUCUCAACGAGUCCAACUAUGACGAGUUUACCGGCUACGGCGGCUCGCUGUUCAACAAGGACCCGUACGACAAAGACGACGAGGAGGCCGAUGCCAUCUACGACGCCGUCGACGAGCGCAUGGACGAGAAACGCAAGGAGUACAGGGAGAAGAAACUCAAGGAGGAGCUGGAGCGGUACCGCGCCGAGCGGCCCAAGAUCCAGCAGCAGUUCUCCGACCUGAAGCGCGACCUGGUGCAGGUCUCAAAGGACGACUGGGACAACCUGCCCGAGGUGGGCGACGCGCGCAACCGCAAACAGCGCAACCCGCGCGCCGAGAAGUUCACCCCGCUGCCCGACUCUGUGCUGGGCCGCAGCCUGGGCGGCGAGACGGUGCACAGCAUCGACGCCAGCAGCGGGCUGGCCAGCAUGCUGCCGGGCACGGCCAGCACGGCGCCCGGCAUGGUCACGCCCUCGGGCGACCUGGACCUGCGCAAGAUCGGCCAGGCGCGCAACACGCUGAUGAACGUGAAGCUGAACCAGGUGUCUGACUCGGUGUCGGGCCAGACGGUGGUCGACCCCAAGGGCUACCUCACAGACCUGCAGAGCAUGAUACCCAACUUCUCUUCAGACAUCAACGACAUCAAGAAGGCGCGCCUGCUGAUGAAGUCUGUCCGCGAGACGAACCCGCAGCACCCGCCAGCCUGGAUCGCCUCGGCGCGCCUGGAGGAGGUCACCGGAAAACUGCAGAACGCCAGGAACCUCAUCAUGAAGGGCUGCGAGGCGUGUCCGAACGCGGAGGACGUGUGGCUGGAGGCGGCGCGCCUGCAGCCGCCGGAGACGGCCAAGGGCGUGGUGGCACAGGCGGUCAGGCAGCUGCCCAACUCGGUGCGGCUCUGGCUCAAGGCGGCCGACCUCGAGCUCGAGCUCAAGGGCAAGCGGCGCGUGUUCCGCAAGGCGCUCGAGCUGCAGCCCAACUCUGUCCGCCUCUGGAAGGCAGCCGUCGAGCUGGAGGAGCGAGAGGACGCGCGCAUCCUGCUCUCGCGCGCCGUCGAGUGCUGCCCCACCGCUGUCGAACUGUGGCUGGCCCUCGCCCGGCUGGAGACGUACGAGAACGCGCGCAAAGUGCUCAACAAGGCGCGCGAAAACGUGCCGACCGACCGUCAGAUCUGGCUGUGCGCCGCCAAACUGGAGGAGGCCAACGACAACGCGGCCAUGGUGAGCCGCAUUGUGGAGCGGGCGCUCUCCUCGCUGUCGGCCAACGGCGUCGAGAUCAACCGCGAGUUCUGGCUGAAGGACGCGGUUCAGUGCGAGCGCUCCGGCUCGGUGCUGACCUGCCAGGCCGUCAUCACGGCCGUCAUCGGCUACGGGGUCGACGAGGAGGACCGCAAGAGCCAGUGGAUGGAGGACGCCGAGCUGUGCGCCGCCCAGGGCGCCGUCGAGUGCGCGCGCGCCAUCUACGCCCACGCGCUGGCCGCCUACCCGAGCAAAAAGUCCAUCUGGCUGGCGGCGGCCUACUUCGAGAAGUCGCACGGCACCCGGGAGAGCCUGGAGUCGCUGCUGCAGCAGGCCGUCUCACACUGUCCCCGCGCUGAGGUGCUCUGGCUGAUGGGAGCCAAGUCCAAAUGGCUGGCGAAUGACGUUCCGGCGGCGCGCUCGAUCCUGUCGAUGGCGUUCCAGGCCAACCCCAACUCUGAGGAGAUCUGGCUAGCCGCCGUCAAACUCGAGUCAGAGAACAACGAGUACGAACGCGCCCGAAAGCUGCUCUCCAAGGCGCGCUCCAGCGCACCCACGCCCAGGGUGCUGAUGAAGUCGGCCAAGCUGGAGUGGGCGCUGGACCAGCUGCCGGCCGCGCUGCGACUUCUCGAGGACGGCGUCAAGGCCUUCCCCGACUUCGCCAAACUGUGGAUGAUGCGCGGCCAGAUCCUGGAGAGCCUUGGCAGGGACUCGGAGGCCAAGGAGGUGUACGGCCAGGGGGUGAAGCAGUGCCCGCUGGCGGUGCCGCUCUGGCGGCUGCUGGCCCGCCUGGAGGAGCGCACCGGUCUCCAGAUCCGCGCCCGCUCCGUGCUGGAGAAGGCGCGCCUGCGCAACCCGCAGACGCCCGAGCUGUGGCUGGAGGCCAUACGCGUGGAGAGCCGCGCCGGCCUCGGAGACAUUGCCGCCGGCCUGAUGGCGCGCGCGCUGCAGGAGUGCCCCAGCUCUGGCAUCCUCUGGGCGGAGGCCAUCUUCCUGGCCGACCGCACCCGGCGCAAGACCACCUCGGUGGACGCGCUGAAAAAGUGCGAGCACGACGCGCACGUGCUGCUGGCCGUCUCCAAGCUGUUCUGGGCCGAGCGGAAGCUGCAGAAGACGCGCGACUGGUUCAACCGCACGCUGAAGAUGGAGCCGGACCUGGGCGACGCGUGGGCGUACUUCCUGAAGUUCGAGCAGCAGCACGGCACGGAGGAGCAGCAGCAGCAGGUGGUGCAGCGGUGUGUGGCCGCCGAGCCGCGCCACGGACCCGAGUGGUGCCGCGUCAGCAAGGACAUUCACAACUGGCGGCUCAAGACCGAGCAGAUCCUGCGGCUCACCGCCAAACAGCUGGCCGUGCCAGUCUGAGCGCCGGCCGUGUGCGGGCGGCGGACCUGGGCAGGGGCGGCGUGGCAGCCCGCGUACCUGGACAGGGGUGGCGCGGCAGCCCGCGGGCCGUGGACAGGGGCGGCGCGGCAGUCUGCGGACCGUGUGCGGGCGGUGCGGCAGCCGGCGGGCCGUGGACAGGGGCGGCGCGGCAGUCUGCGGACCGUGGACAGGGGCUCUGUGGGCAGUUCACGGAGCCUGUGAGGCAGUCCGGAUCCUGUGAGGAAGCCCAGGAGCACACUGAGACAGUUCCUGACUAUGUAAGGAAGUUCACGGACCCAGUGAGACCAGAGGUCUGCCGGCAGCCCCGUUCGCCGCGACUUGUGAUGCUACUAUGGAGUGAGACUACAGAUGUUAUCGCGCGAUGAGUGCGUUUUGUACAGUGUACAGGGCGGCUGUCCUGGGUCAGUGCACAGCGCCGUUGUGUCGGCGCUGGCGGCUGCUGCCGAGGGACCGGUGACCAGCCUCGCCCGCCCGAUCUCAGGCCGGUGGGCGCUGACCGGCUCGGUGCGCCAGCCGACGGUCGGAGCUCGGCGGGCCGCCCAACAGGACGACUUUGUAUAUGUGUUCAGCUGUCAACAUACAUGUAAACGGAUGCA